GCUGCAUCUUAUUCAGACUUCAGCCGACAGGACCUGGAACUGGCUGAGCGAUCAUUUCUCUGUUUGUUUUCAAUCUCUUAUCGCGAUUGCCUUAUGUUGAUUGCGUUUUCUUUAAAAAGGCGCUAGUGAAGCUAAGUCUUCGGACAAUAUAACACCCUAGUUUCGUUUCAAUUACCGAGUAAUGAGCCAUCGGGAGAGAUGGUGUCCUAUAAUGGGCUGAUUCUGCCGCUGCUCCAGCUGUUUUGUGUGGCAUUUUGCUAUGGAACUCCAAUAAACAAAAACCCUGGCAACUCCAGCGCGGCGAGACCCCCUGUCGUCUUGAUUCCAGGCGACCUGGGGAACCAGCUGGAGGCGAAGCUGGACAAGCCCAGCGUGGUCCACUACAUCUGCUACAAGAAGACCAAUGACUACUUCACCCUGUGGCUGAACAUGGAGCUGCUGGUGCCGGUGGCCAUCGACUGCUGGAUCGACAACAUGAGGCUGAUCUAUAAUUGGAGGAAGAGGAGGACAGAGGCGCCCCCAGGGGUGAAUGUGAGGGUUCCGGGGUUUGGGAAGACGUACCCCUUGGAGUACCUGGACCCGUCGAAGCAGAGCGUCGGGAUGUACUUCUUCACCAUAGCGCAGGCGCUGGCAGAUUGGGGGUACACUCGAGACGACGACUUACGGGGAGCUCCUUACGACUGGCGCAAGGCUCCGAAUGAGAACAAGCCGUACUUCCUGGCCCUGCAGCAGAUGAUCGAGGAGAUGGCGCACAAGGCGGGCGGGCCCGUGGUGCUCAUCGCCCACAGCAUGGGGAACAUGUACGCCCUCUACUUCCUCAGCCAGCAGCCCCAGUCCUGGAAGGACCGCUACAUCCGGAGCUUCGUCUCCCUGGGGGCCCCCUGGGGGGGCGUGGCCAAGACCCUGCGCGUCAUGGCCUCCGGCGAUAACAACCGCAUCCCGCUGAUCAGCUCGCUGAAGAUCCGCGCCCAGCAGCGCACGGCGGUCUCCACCCCCUGGCUCCUCCCCUACGGCAACGUCUGGCCCGCCGACAAGGUGCUGGUGUUCACGCCCAACGAGAACUACACGCUGGGCGACUACCAGCGCUUCUUCUCCGACAUCGCCUUCGAGGAGGGCUGGGCCAUGCGCCACGACACGGAGCCGCUGGUCAACGUCCUGGAGCCGCCCGGCGUCCCCGUGCACUGCCUGUACGGGACGGGCGUGGACACGCCCGAGGCCUUCCACUACGGCGCCGGCUUCCCCGACGUGGAGCCCACCGUGGACUACGGCGACGGCGACGGGACGGUGAACCUGCGGAGCGCCUUGGCCUGCCAGCGCUGGGUGGGCCGCCAGACGCAGCCGGUCCGCCUGCAGGAGCUGCCGGGGAGCGAGCACGUGUCCAUGCUGCUCAACUACACCACCAUCGCCUACAUCAAGACCGUGCUGUUCGCCCCCUGACACGCCCGCCAGGUUAACCCCGCCUCCCCUCCCUCAGCCUCCGCCAAUCACAACAGCGGGGGUGGGGGGGGGGGUGACCUGCACCUGCUGAGCCAACCCAGGGUAACUGGUGUAUUAAACAGGACCUCGGAUCGACGUCAUGUGACACGCCCCUUCCCCCUCCCUACGGGACGGCCUGAGCACGCGUUUUUUUUAAUCACGAGAGGAACGAAACGAUUGUAGGAAAUUAAAUAUGAAUGUAUUUAAAUUAUUGAUGAAAGGACGCCGGCGACGCAGGAGGUUACAUAUGCUAUGAGAGAGAGAGAGAACCUGUGUGGUUGCUCAGUUUUAAAGGUCCAUGUCCUUCAAGUGAUGGUGCUCCAUCUACAUUCAGUGUGAAUGGUUGUCUGUGUAGUACAGCGAUAUAUAAUUAGGGCCCUUAGAAAUUCCUGAUUUUUACUGACUGCUCCCUCUGCGCAGCACUAAGUCACUAUAGUCUCUGGUUAAACAGUCGGACCAUUACGGUGCAUCAGUCACCGCCCACAUUUAUCGCAAUUACCGCAAGCGAGGCUUUCAAGUAGGCCUGCGUAGUUGGAACCCAAAGUAAACGCAUGCUGACACGUCAUCACUGUGUGAAUGUGUGCUUCCUACGAAGAGACGCUUGGUUAGCUAGAAAUACCACAUUGACAUUUGCGUUCGACAAAGAAAUUAUUUUCAGAAUUGUCGCAAAAUUCAUCCAAAUUGGUUUGAGAAAUUCAUAAGAUGGGAGCAAGAUUCGUGUUCUCCUUUUAAGUACUCGGCGUCUUGAUAUUCCCUGAAUUAUUCGGCAACUUAGUUAAAAGUUUUUGAAUUUAACGUAAUUUAUUCAUUGGAUUUUUAAAAAUCCAAUAACGGGUAAUCCGUUCAGAAUACGUCCGCGUGCAAAUUAUAACGACGUAACUUCAUCACUGCCGGGAACAUUAGCAUGGGAAGACGCUUUGCUACAGUUAGUGUGUUUUAAACUGACUGAGAUUUUGUUAUUUUUUUCUCUGGUGGACCUGUGUUCAAGAAUUUAGGUUGGCAAACUUAAAUUGAGCAUUUUCAAAUAUCAUCGAGGAACACGGAUAAACAACUUUUUAUGUGUCUUUUUUUAGUUAAAGUAGUUAGCAUGUUGAACAGCUGCUAAACUGGAGACUGGCUGUUGAAUGUCCCAUAAGUUGUAAAAUAAUUCCAGACCUAUAACCAAGAGAAUAUGAUUGGGUGUUGUGCAUUUGUGUUUUGCAAACAAGACAAUAAUGGCUUUUGACAUUAUUUCAAAAUUAAUUAAAAGGAUUGCGUUUUUGAAAUAUGGUUCGAUUUUAGUGCCAUUGUGCCAAGGAAAUAUUAGUGCUGAUAUAUGCCUCUGUGAAAUUAUUAAUAAGGUUAUGCUUGCUCUUUAAGCAAUAAUUUUAUUUAUUUUUUUGACAGAGGAUGCCCCCUCAUAUUGAUCAAACUCCUUUGCUCUGCUUUUGCUCUUGAUGAUUUUUAAAUUUGAAAUGCUGGUCUAUCGUUGCCUUUUGGGAAUUUUCUCACGGCAAACUCUUUUUGAAAAGCAAAUAUUGUUGCACUUGAAUCGUAUUUGUUUCCUGAGUGGUGCAUCCCUUUAACAGAAAAUGCUUUUCCUAAUUCAUUAUUUAUUGCCACACACUCAAGGCCUUGAGGAUGAGGGUGGAAAUUCAGUCACAUGACUCAAAUCAUGUAGUCGGGUAUUUCUACGGGCUCUAUGUAUGACAGAACUGCGUCUAAACAUUUAUUCAGCUCAGAGUUACUGAUCUAUCCUGCAGUCUGCGCAGGUCAGAGAUUUUAUAAGCAUUUUAUAGCUUACUGUGUACAUUUUAAUCGUUUCUAUGUUUCUUUUAUGUUGAACAAAAAAAAGAUUUAAUAGGAUAUUCAGUUAUGGGGCCGGUUUCAUGGAUACAGAUAAAGCUUAGUCCUGGACUAGACUGAGUUUUGUAUAGAGAAUCGCCAUUAGAAUUGAAUUGAGUCUAGGACUGGGCUUAAUCUGUGUCUGCAAAACUGGCCCAUGAUGUAUUACAUCCUAAAUGUUAUUAUACAACUCCAGUAUAUUCUGCGAAUGAAAGUGCCACACUUUUUUCCCCUGCUGUUUUUGACUGUUUUUAUCUCUUGUGCAUGAUGAACCUCUGCCAGUUACUAACCAACAAGGCAGGGAGGACAGUGGGAUAUGUAGUUUCCAGUGCGUCCCUAUGGUGUGCUUUAUACAAAACUCGCUCACGCCAACAGAUUUUUAUGCCAGUUUUCUGAUGUGUAUUCCAGUUGUUUUGAUGGCUUGCCUUUUGUAAUUUUAAUGUCGUCCAGCUUUUUAAUAUUAAUUUUAAAUUUUAUCAUUGAUUUAUCAUUUAUGUUUUCACCUUUGUCCAGUGUGUCUUGAGUAUCCCAGAAUGCCUUUCUGUUAAGGCUGGUACAUUGAUUGUUCACUCAGGGGGCAGUGUUAACCUUGGCUAACCCCUCGAUGACCUCUGACAUGAACUGCGACUGUGUCGCUGUUCUGUUUAGGGGCAGAAUUGUGUUUGUCCAGCUGAAACUCACACAGAUAAAUAUAUCUUUUAUUGAACAAAACAAAUGUUGAAACCUUACUUUGGUCCAGUCAAAGGGACUGUGCUGAUACAGAGGCGGUGAUGUUUACUAGAUUAAUGUAAUCAUGUUUACUGUUGUGUCUUCAGUUCUGCUGUUAUGAAGGAGCAGCAUACGCUUGUCAAUCACCGUCUCAAAUGAAGCAGACAAGUGACCUCACGUCCCUCAAAUAAAAUGAGUGGUUCAGAGUCCGUGAUAGCAUGUGACAGCUCCACCCACGUUGGGGUUCGUGAAGCUUCAGUCUGCCUUGUUUAUUUUUAUCGCGCAAAUAAAUACCUCUUUAGAGGCCGGGUGCCCUGAGUCUCUGCUGCGUACAAAUAGGAUCCUCCAAAUCAACCACGAACUCCCAGCAGCCUCCAGUGCUGACAGCAGCUCCAUUGCGGAACCGCGUGUCACCCUCUUAACCACUUGCCCUGACGAACCAAUCGGAGCGCCUGAUGAACACAGACAGACUUCCAAUUGGGUCCGACACCUUCUGCCAAAAAUAAAGCACCAACAUCAACCCUGAGAUUCUACCGUGGUAUCUUAUUCCUGCAAACUCGGGUCUGCCCUCUCAUGGUGGACGUGUGGAACAUGCUGUACUGUGUUGCAUAGCAACCUCCGGACCAGUGGUUACAUAUUUCCUGUAUAUCUGUACCCAAGCUGCCACAACUCUUCCGGUGUCGGUACCACAGCCUCCCCAGCUCCUUAUCCACGUUUCGUCAUCGUUCGGUUAGUUUUCCCCCCUGGUUGUGUCCUGUAUUCCACCAUUUCGACCAACUCCUCUUGGCAGUGGGGGAAUUGUGGGUAAAUCAUUCUGUUUCCAUGGUUACCCCUCCUCUGUGCCUUGGCUGUUUUCACUCCCCCGUACCUGGUAAUCAGCCUCAGGUGUGAAACCAAAUCCAGCUCAGUCCGGUGUGGAACGUAAUCAGCGUUUUUAAAAAACGUGAAUCGGUGCAAUGAAACAAAGCUACUGUUGUGAAACCAUAUUGUUUGUGGAGUGUUUGCAAAUUAAAACGUUAGCAAGAAAAUGCUCUCGCUUAUUUACAACCUCAAGCUUCUUAUGUGCAAUAAAUCGGAGGUUUGUUAAAAGUGCAUCACAAUUUAUUUUGUUCCUUGCUGACACUGACACUGCCACAACCCACACAAUCCUUAAAUCAUAUACAUUUUGUGUGCCCGGGGAGUUUAUACUACAAUUAUUUAAAAAUGUUUUUCCAUUUAUGAUUUACAAGUAACAACUUCAGUUGUUAUAACUGCAUAAAUAUUUUAUGUUUUUAGGGAUUUAGUGUCAGCAAUUUUCAUUACUUUUUGAAAGUAUAAGUUAACCAAACUUAAUUUUUAAUAACAUACUGUGUUCUUCUGUUGCUAAAUCUAAUUUUACCCAUAAUCAUUGUGCUGUAAUGAACUGCCUGUUCGCAUUAAGACUGAUGCCAUUUAAUAAAUUAAUACAUUUUCACCA